AUGUCUUUCAUUGGAACCUCCAUCACCGAUGUUCCCGAGUGUUUCAAAUGUUUCUGGAGCGAUGUGAGUGGCAUCCUUCCUCCAACAGUACCCAUACCAACAUUACCUUAUCCAUGCAAUACAACUAUCGAACAAACAUUCUAUGUCCUGACGCCUUCUAGACCAUACUUUAUCAUUAGGGGAGAGAACCUUGGAUUUGGAGCCAGUGCUGAUUAUUCACCUGAACUAUAUCCAAUUGCAGCAAACUCUAUCUUUGAAUUCCUUCCAACUGAUUCCAGAUCAAGUGGUGAAGCAACAGCGACAUUUUCAAUCUCACGUGGCAUUAGCAAACAAGUCAGCUGGGUCUAUGAUUUGACUGUACCAACACCAAACAAGGCAUUCAUUGAGAGAAAGUUUGGUAAUUGGAGAUUGAGUGCACCUGGAAUAUAUAACUCAUCUUUCAACUAUGAGAUGUUGGCCAAUGAUAACAAGUGGUAUCCAUGUAACUCGACCAACACCACACUACUCCUAUGUGAUGUCAGUACUUCCAUCUUCAACUACACCGACAACCUCAAUGUUACCAUCCGUAACCAAUAUCAAGAGUUCAAACUUCUGGAUGUUAAGAUAUAUCUCUACCCUUCAAUAUCAUCAUUCACUAGAACAAUUGAUACUAGUAAGAAUAUUAGUUUCUUUGGAUACUUUGGACAUUAUAGUGAUAACACAUCUGUGACUACAAAGGUCAACGGUCACUCAUGUAAUAUUACAUUUGCAGACUCUACUGUAAUCAAUUGUACAAUUAUGUCCAAUGGAACGACCACACUCACAAUCGGUUAUGCCAACCUAACCAUCAUCAUCAAUGGUCAAUCAUUCAUCUCCAACAAGACACUGGCAAUAUUCCCAUCACAAGAGGUUGAUGAUUGUGGAGUAGGUUGUAAUGGACAUGGACAAUGUAUCAAUCAUAAAUGUCAAUGUAACAAAGGAUUCAGUGGAUAUUAUUGUGAGUCUGAACUCAAACCUGAUGUCACAAUACUUCCAGACCCAACACAACCAGCGGCGACCAUUACAGCCAAUGCCACAACAUUCUCAAUCAACAUUGUAUCAAUCCAAGAAUUAGAUCAAGAUGGUAACAUUGUCUAUGAACAAUUGGUCAAAGGAUGGACACAUGACUCAAUCAAGGACAACAACGUCAAGACUGAUCGGUACAACCUGACCAACGCCAUCGACUCUGACCUGACCACCUCUGUCACACUGGCCGUAUCGUCUCAGGACAGAGUCGUCCCCUUUGCCGGACAGAAUGUGACCUACACUGCCAACUCACUCAAGAUGACCAUGACCAUCAAUCACUGGAACUUCCACUCCAACCUAAACACACUGCGAGUGGUCAUUCACAAGAAUGGCUCGAUGAUAAAUGACACCAGCAGUCCGUGUGGCACCAAGAACGUCGUGUCAGUUGACGCCUACCAGAACCUCCAGUACCUCAAGGUGAUCAGCAAUGGCAUUGAGAUAUAUGGUCGAUUCUUGCCGGUGAUCUUGGCCGAUGGUCGUCCAUCGCUCACACGCAAUGAGAUCAUCAACACGACCACCGACUCUACUUUCUUUGGCAUCAACAUGUUCCAAUGUCGCCAACAAUGUAUCAUUGAUCCUGACUUCUCUGUGCUGGUCGAUGCCAAUCCUGUGCCAAAGAGUCUCUGUGAGCAUGCAUCACCACCUAGUGAUCGAUGGAAGUUGCCAGUGAUAGUUGUCACCGUAUCUGUUGGAGCGAUAGUCAUCAUAGCCGUGGUCACCAAGAUUGUGAUCAACAAACUACAUGGUCGAUACCUAACUGAUGUCAUCCAACAUAAGAUGAAGUCAAUGACUGGCAAGAACAAAGAUGCCCACAUCAUCAGAAUGUGA